ACUGCCUGCGCCACCUCGCGCGGCUGUUGUAUGUCACCAACUGACGAAUUUUCAUGCUUGAGAUUCGAACAGCGUUGAUUUGUGCCACUUGUCACAGAUGAAGGACGACGCCGACACCGAUGUUCCACAUGCCAACACGGAGCUGGACGACAUACUCAGUCAGAUAUCUGACCUGGACAAAUGGAGGGAGAUUUUCAAUGCUCGCGGGUUGGAAUUACAGGAUUGCAUUAAGAAGCCCCAGGGGAAACCAGAGGACGAUGGAGAAGAGGGGACAGGGAGACCCCCGACUGGAUCCCGGCCGUCCCGUGAAAACACCACCCUGCUGACGCCGCCCUACUCCAUCCCCCGAGCACUGGCCGUGUCCCCUGGCCUGGGCGGGCUGCCCGUCGCUCCUGAGAUGGCUAUGAACCUCCGAAAGGUUCUUUUUGGGAAUACUUUUCAUAUCUUCAACUAUGAGUGGAAAAAGUCCUUCUUCAAGUUCAGAGAGCCAUACUCAGACCUGUCUUAUGCCCUGGAGACAGAGCGGGGUGGAGCUCGCGCCAUUCAGAUGGCGGUCCAGGCCAAUAUCGUUAAAUUCCUGCUCUUCACCCAAAAUGCAAGCUCUGACUGCUGCAUGCAGAGCCUGAGGGAGGUGGGCGAGAAAGAGCAGGAGCGAGCGCUGGCCGCGGCCCUCACAGACAUCCUGUGGACCGCAGGAGAGGAGCAGAGCGCGGCGGUCUCUCUGGUCACCUCUGAACACAGCUUCACCCCACACCUGGACUACAAACAGGACAACCUCACAGAGAGGUUACAGCUUUUCAACUUCAAUGAGAAGGAGGAUGUUCGGAAAUUCAUAUAUGAGCACAUACAGUGUUUCAAAGAAGAGGGGAGUCAUGGGGUCAUCUUGUUCCUGUACAGUCUCAUCUUUUCCAGAACGUUUGAAAGGCUGAGUGAAGACCUGGACUCCACCACCUCUCACCUCUUAUACCCGAGUCUGGGCAACUUUGUGUGUCGCCAGGCACUGAUGAACCUGCUGUUGACGGGUCGGGCCAGCCCAAAUAUGUUCAAUGGGACUCUGCAGUAUGACGAGCACGGGGAGCCCCUGGAACAGCCACUGCGCGGGGUCCUGUCCCGCAGCGAUGUUGGGUACCUGUACUGGAGCCGGGAGCAAGUGGAGCACUCACAGCUGCCAAAGGUGGGCAGCAUGCUGAAGACACCCAAGCUGCCCAUCUGGGUUUGCAGCAUCAAUGGCACCUACAGCAUACUGUUCAGUCCCAAGUGCUCCCUGUUGUCCGACUGGAAGAUGGAGCACCUGUUUGACCUGUACUUCUAUAAUGGCCAACCAUCCCAAAGAAGCACUGCACUGCUGACCAUAGACACCCACUCCCAUCAUUGGGAAAUGGGAGAUGGGGGCACCCUGGGGGACCCUGAGAAGAGGUUCCCUUCAGUGGAGAUGACUAUCAGGACCAAAUGGGAAGGAGCAGCCAUUGACUGGAAUGGGACAGUUCCUUUUUUCUAACUUGGUGAGGCGCCAUGUGACCUGGUAGUUUUGACCGUUAUGUUCCACCUACAGGUCACACGGUCAACUCGUCCUUUACUACAGGAGAUAUUGGUCAACAGCACAACCCAGCGUCUAUGCUCACUACUACGAGAGCAGCCUGAGUGCUGUACUACAGUGCAAUGCGACAUUACGACACGCAUUAUACAACACCACUAUCAACACGCAGCAACAGCAUAGACACAGGAUACGCAUAGAAACACACUGCCAAAACACAAAGCAAUACUGCACUGUCAUCAGACAGCAAUAAAAAAAAAACUCAAUACCCAGAAACCUAUCCCUGUCAACACAACACAGUCUGCAACCUCAGUACUAAAGCACAGGGUCAGUGUCCACAAACAGCAGAGCACAAUAGUGGAGUUUCCAUUGGGAUUUUAAUAAUAGCCUGAGCCACUCACAUUGUGCCAAAAAAAAAAAAAACCUAAAAACUGACCCGUUCCUUAAUAUGCUUCUGUGCACUAAAUAUGCUGGAAUAUACUGGGAAGUGAGGUCAAGCAGCUUCCAGGAUAGAACUCCAUUCCAAAGCCAUUAUUUAAGGGGAGGUACCACAGGUGAAUAGAGAAAAACAUUCCUUUCCUCCAAUCAAAAUUACAUUUUAUAUUUUGAAUGUGGACACAAAUGUAAACAUGUUUUGUAUUAUGACUUUUUUUAGGAACACAUGCAAAUGAUCUCAUUAAUAAUUAAAAACUACACAUUUGCAUAUUAGAAACUUUUUUCUCAGUGGAUUCAAGUCAGAGUUCAUUUUUCUGUUUCAAUGGGAAGAAUAACUCAAUAGCUGGAAAUACACAGAGGGGUUUUUCAAAAUUUUGCUUACUUGAUGAAUUAUUUUAAAAACCAAAGUCUUUUUUUUGUUACUAUUUUUCACAUAAAAUUCCCCAUAAAAUAGAAUUGGCAAAAUAUAUCAGAAAAGCUUGGUAGCUAUAUGUAUAUCUAAGUUGAGCUGAAAAAAAUGUUUUCAUACUGGAAGUAAGUAAUUUAGAGAAAAUGGACAUUAAAGAUAAUUUUAUGCUUAGUAUACUUGACAAAGCUGGUAUAAAAACAUAUUAAUUAACAAUUUAAACAUGUUCAUUGUUUCAGAUAUUUUAUGAAACUACAGUAGUUGUAGAAGUGUAAUAUCAUAAUAUCUUUUGAUCUAUCCAGCCAAAAUUUAUUUUCACCUGUGGUGUCUCUUCUUAAUAUUCAAUGAAAAUACAAGCUUUCCUUCAUCAAACUGAGGAAAAUAAGAAUUCAAUUAUCAGAAAAAGGUUUUGAGCCUGUUUUGUGAAUUAUUUGUCAAUAAUUAAACCCUUUUAAUUACAGAAUUGGUUGACCAAUGCAAAAGUGAAAUGCCUGAAUUAAUACUGAACAAAAAGUCCCAUGAAGUUGCUACAUUUCAUAGCAUUUCAUGUAGUGGUACCUACAUUUGUUACUUUAUUUGUUACAGUUACUUUAUGUACUUUUUUUUACCCUGAUUGUAAGUUUCCUCAAAAGGGUUUUUUAAUCACAAAAUAAUGCAAAGACCACCCUACAAACAUUUUCCAAUGUUUUAUCUUGUUACAUUUAAUGAAGGAAAGUUUGCAUCUCAUUGGAAAUGCAUAGCAUACAGUACAGGAAAUUCACUUAACUAGGGAUUUUGAUACGGAAGUGGAAGCUUCAUUUUCCAUGUGGUAUUCCACCUGGGCUUUCAAAUUAAUUUCAUAUUUGAGUUUUUUUGUUUGUUUUUUAAUAUGUAAAUGCCUGGAAUGGUAGAGAAAAAUCAUGAUGUGAAAACCAAUUCAGAAAGUAUGUAAACAGCCAAUGCCAUUAGAUAAAGGCAGGGUGUAACACCGUUUGUAAACAAAAAAAUGGAAAUUUAAACAAGUGUCAGAUGGCAGUAUCUGAUACUUGCAAAAAAAAAAAAGGUGCUAUGGAAAGACUUGUGUUGCCAUUACACACACAACAGUGUUGGCACUGAAUACACCACAUUGUUCUCUGAUGCACACUGAAAAUAAGUCACUCAAGUCUGGGUUUUUUGCUUUAAUCUGUUCUCUGGCUUUAUUUAAAUGUUCGCAUUAUGGCUCAGGUGUCAGCAUGAUAAAUACAUUUUCAGAAUGCAUACAUUUUUGUUGUUGUUUUUCUUUGGUUCAAACUGCAAGCAAGUCUAGUCUCCUCAUAUGAAAAACAAUGUAAAUUAUAAUGUCUAUGCUUUGAAAAGCCUGUCAUUUGCCUAUUGUUGAGGAUGCAAUACCAUGAAGUGUGUUCAGGUGAUCGUUGCAGUCUGUGUAAUUACUCAUCAUCCAUGGUAAUAUUAUUCACAUAAUUAAAGAAAACUAAAUCAGCAUGUCUUUUUUCAAUGCCUCCAUAGCAAAAUGUGUUUAUUAAAGGUUAAUUUUCCUCUUC